CAAGGAGAGCCUGUGACCGUUGGUGUUCAAUGAGGAUUGUACCCAUGGCCCUGGACAUAUAGCGCGCUCCACAGCUCAUCGCACUCCUCUUGCAUGCCGUUGCCGCCCUUACCAUGAAAGUCAAGAUCAAAAGAUGGCAUACGGUUGGGAUCUGGCAGUGGAAUAUGGAGGACUCGACGGACGUCUGUGGAAUCUGUCAUAACCCCUUUGACGCAUGUUGCUCAUAUUGCAAAAUGCCCGGAGACCAAUGUCCUCUACUGUGGGGAAAGUGCACACACUGCUUUCACCUGCACUGUAUCUCCAAAUGGCUCGAGACCAAAGACAGCGAAGGGACAUGUCCAAUGGAUCGACAGCCUUUCGAGGCGGCAACGUAAUCCUUGUCAACAAGCGCUUCAUCCUUUACAUGUACUAUUAGCUGGACGCGCAAUAUUCGCCUGGCAAUCUGUAAUAAUAAAUCAAAUUGUUCUCCAAA